CCGUAGAUCAAUAGAGAUGAUGAGAGAGAGAGAGAGAGAGAGAGAGAGGGAGAGAGAGCAAUGAGCAUGGAAAGAUAUGUCACACCUUCUCUCUCUACAGGAAAGAAGAGAGUAGAGAGAGAGAGGGGAUGGGGAAAAGGAAAAGGAAAAAAAAUGGGAAAUUUUUUUGGGGAAGUGCGAGGGAAGCAAGGAGAGAGGAAUGGGGACAUGCGUCCUGGAAGUUCCACGUGGCGAGUUGCCACUGGCUGUGUGCUUUUCCCCUUCUCCCCCGAGGAUCCCACCUGCUGCCAUGUCACUGUUAACCCCGUCCUAUGACCCCGGCGUAUCCGUAUACUCUCUCUCUACAACUCUCUCUCUUUAUUUUAUUUGUCUCCUGCCCUCCCCGCUCUCUCUCUCUCUCUCCUCGUAUCUCUCAUCCACCUGCCUCUGUGCCCUAAUCUAUCCAUCCCUCUCCUCUGCACCUCCCCCUUGUGCACCUUAAUCUGAUGGUGUUUUGAUCCCUCGGAAAAAAGAUUGGGUUCAUUGCAAAUGUAAUACCCUUGAUCAAAUGAUGAAGGAAAACGGUGCAAAAACCAGUAGAAUAAUUAAUGGAAACUGGGUUGCAAAGGGCAAAAGGAGAAAACUUCCUGGCGGUGCAGACUCAUCCAAUGGCAAGGAAGGAAGUUCCUUACCCUCAGAUCCAACAAGUACUUCUUCAUCUAAACGCAGGUUGAAGAAUGAGUUAAGUUCUGCUCGUUCUUCCAGCAAGAAGAAAGGAAAUGAUGGGUACUAUUAUGAAUGUGUGGUCUGCGAUCUUGGUGGAAAUCUGCUUUGUUGUGAGAGCUGUCCCAGAACCUACCACCUUCAGUGCCUUGAUCCUCCUCUUAAGCGCAUUCCAAACGGGAAGUGGCAAUGUCCAAACUGCUGUCAGAAAAAUGUUUCUAAGGUUCCCCUUGAUCAUCUGGAUUCCACUGCAAAACCGACAUUGGCAAAAUUUAUCCUCAGAAAAUCUAAGGAUGCAAUUAAACCAUCUGCUGCUGAUAAUGUAUCGCAGAUAUUUGGAACCUCCAUUCUUGGAAAGAAAAGAUCAAAGAGCAAUAGAAAAUCAUCCUUAUCUCAAGGAGUACAGUCUUUGGAAAAGCAUGCCAAUGCAUCUGCAGGGCCUAGUCAGAUAUCCCAUGGUGGGUCCGAAGAAGGUAAUUUAACAUGUGCAAAUGUUGAUGAUGAGAGGAAACCUGAGUCGUCUCCAAUAGACAAACCAGGGAAAAGGAAGUCAAUUUCUCCUGUUAGGGAAGUCCCAUCUAAAUUGAGGACUACUGAGUUGAAGUCAAAUGAUGAAGCUCCUGAGAGGAAACCUGACAUUUCUCAUGGUAACGGGGACAAAGUUGUGCCUGUUCCGAUGGCAGAUACUAAAAAAGACAGGAAAAGAAAGCGUAAGACUCCUAUCCAUGUUAUUCAGAAGAAGCCUAGGACUGAUGAAGGUAAAUGCACUGCGAUUACUUCUCGUAAUCAUGGUUCCAAAUCAAGAACUAGUAAAUGCCACAGAAAACAUGGAAGUGCUGACCAUGGGGCUUCUGCAUCUUGGUCAAAGGAGGAUUCUCAAACCAAAACUGCCAAUAUCGAGCUAAAAAAUGAGGUUGCUGAGCAAUCAGGAGAUCUGUCAGGGGAAUUUCAUGAAGCAGGAAAAAGUGUGGAUAGAGCAGCAACGUGUUUAGAUCAAAUUACUGAUGAAGUUCAACAGGUUGAUCGGGUCUUGGGGCGUCGAUUGCAAUUUAAUGGCAGAAACUCAUGCCAGACCUUGGCGACGGUUGCAAGUGACUUGCCUUCAGAGGUUUUAUCACUUCAGGAUAACCAAAAUAGCCUACCAAAGGAAAAUCCCCAUGGUGAUUCUGCUUUAAACGGGGAAACUGCUGAAAAUUUGAAGGACUGUCCAAAUAUGAUCUGCCAUUCCGGUGGGGUAAAAAGUGUCAAAAAUGACGUGGGAGUGGAAAAGUUACAUGUAUAUAGAAGAUCAGUGUCGAAAGAAUAUAGACAAGGGAAGGGCGCAGAUUCAUUGAGGAGAGAUGCUAAUGGUACCAAGUCAACAGCCCUAAAUGAGAAAAAUCAAGUUGGCUCAGCUGUAGGAGCAGAUGGUUUGGAGAAAACUGAGAAGAUUUCUAUAGGAGAGCAUGAAGGUAGUGACCUUUUAAAUAGUUGUGAAAAGUCAGUUUCUCAUGAAAUUAGAGGCACAAAAGAGGCAAACAUGGAAAUGGGAACGGAUAAUAGUCCUCCUAAUAUAACCCAUGCAUCUGUCUUAGCUGAAUCGACAUCCUCUGAUGGAUCAGCAAUCUCAUAUGAGUUUCUGGUCAAGUGGGUGGGGAAAUCCCAUAUUCAUAACACUUGGGUUUCUGAAUCUCAGCUGAAAGUUCUGGCAAAGAGAAAGCUAGAUAAUUUUAAGGCGAAGUAUGGAACCGCUGUGAUAAAUAUCUGUGAGGCACGGUGGAAGCUGCCGCAGAGGGUGAUUGCUCUUCGUUCCUCUAAAGGUGGUACAACUGAAGCUUUUAUAAAAUGGACCGGUCUUCCUUACGAUGAAUGCACUUGGGAAAGAACAGAUGAACACGCGAUUGCAAAAUUGUCUCAACUUAUUGAUCUAUUCAACCAUUUUGAAUCCCAGACCUUGGAGAAAGAUGCUAGGAAGAGUGAUACACCACGGGGAAGGGUUAAUUGUCAACAAACUGAGAUAGUUGCUCUGACUGAGCAACCUAAGGAGCUUAAAGGAGGCGAAUUGUUUCCACAUCAGCUAGAAGCGCUGAAUUGGUUGCGUAAAUGCUGGCUUAAAUCCAAAAAUGUAAUACUUGCUGAUGAGAUGGGUCUUGGGAAGACAAUUUCUGCUGCCGCUUUUUUAUCGUCUUUAUAUUUUGAGUUCAAAGCUACUUUGCCUUGUUUAGUUUUGGUCCCUCUUUCUACAAUGCCUAAUUGGAUGGCCGAGUUUUCACUAUGGGCUCCUAACCUCAACGUUGUGGAAUAUCAUGGAUGUGCAAAAGCAAGAGCUAUAGUACGCCAAUAUGAGUGGCAUGGUAAUGAUAUAUGUGGGUUGAACAAGAAAACUGCUGCAUAUAAAUUCCAUGUUCUUUUAACUACUUAUGAAAUGGUACUUGCCGAUUCCACUCACCUACGCGCAGUUCCGUGGGAAGUUCUUGUUGUCGACGAGGGUCAUCGCUUGAAGAACUCUGGUAGUAAGCUUUUCAGCUUGCUCAAUACUUAUUCUUUCCAACAUCGCAUAUUGUUAACUGGUACUCCUCUUCAAAACAACUUAGGCGAAAUGUAUAAUUUGCUAAAUUUCUUGCAACCUGCUUCGUUUCCUUCUCUAUCGUUGUUUGAGGAGAAGUUUAAUGAUCUCACGACUGCUGAAAAAGUAGACGAACUGAAAAAACUUGUCGCUCCACAUAUGCUUCGGAGGCUUAAGAAAGAUGCCAUGAAGAAUAUACCCCCUAAGACUGAACGAAUGGUUCCUGUUGAGUUGUCAUCCAUCCAAGCAGAAUAUUAUCGUGCAAUGCUAACUAAGAACUAUCAGAUUUUGCGCAACAUAGGAAAAGGGGUCCCACAGCAGUCAAUGCUGAACAUUGUGAUGCAGUUAAGAAAAGUUUGUAACCAUCCUUAUCUGAUACCGGGUACUGAACCUGAUUCUGGCCCCUUAGAAUUCCUUCACGAAAUGCGGAUAAAAGCUUCUGCUAAGUUGACUUUGUUGCAUUCCAUGCUUAAAGUGUUACAUAGGGAAGGCCAUAGGGUCCUUAUCUUUUCGCAAAUGACAAAGCUUCUUGAUAUCCUGGAGGAUUAUUUGGUCAUUGAAUUUGGGCCCAAAACGUUUGAGAGAGUGGAUGGCUCUGUUUCUGUGGCUGAUCGUCAAACGGCAAUCGCACGUUUUAAUCAAGACAAGAGCAAAUUUGUCUUCUUGUUAUCCACGCGAUCGUGCGGUCUAGGGAUCAAUUUGGCAACUGCUGACACUGUCAUUAUCUAUGAUUCUGACUUCAACCCACAUGCAGAUAUCCAAGCGAUGAAUCGGGCCCACCGAAUAGGACAAUCAAAUAGGCUUCUGGUGUACAGGCUCGUAGUUCGUGCCAGUGUUGAAGAACGGAUACUGCAGCUUGCAAAGAAGAAGCUGAUGCUUGAUCAGCUUUUUGUGAACAAGUCUGGAUCACAAAAGGAGGUGGAAGAUAUCCUACGAUGGGGAACUGAGGAACUUUUUAACGACCCUUCUAGUGUCAGUGGUAAAGAUAAUACCGAAAAUCAUGGCAACAAAGAUGAAGCAGGUGCAAAUGUAGAAUAUAAACACAGGAGAAGAGGUGGUGGCUUGGGAGAUGUUUACAAAGAUAAAUGUACAGAUGGCAGUGGCAAGAUCAUUUGGGAUGAAAAUGCCAUCCUAAAAUUGCUUGACCGUUCAAACAUCCACUCUGGUUCGCCUGAUAAUGCUGACGGAGAUUUGGAGAAUGAUAUGCUUGGCUCAGUAAAGUCACUGGAAUGGAAUGAUGAACCAACAGAAGCACAAGGGGAAGCUGAGUCACCUCCUGCUGUUGCUGAUGAUUUAUGUUCACAAGCUUUCCUGAAGAAAGAGGAUAAUCCAGCUGCUGGUACUGAAGAAAAUGAAUGGGACAGACUUUUGCGAGUGAGGUGGGAGAAACAUCAGACUGAGGAGGAAGCUGCUCUAGGUAGAGGGAAGCGCCAAAGGAAAGCUGUUUCUUACAGGGAAGCAUAUGCUCCACAACUUGGUGAAACAUUGAAUGAGCAGAGUUGUCCUCAAGAGGAGCCUGAGCUGGAACCAGAGCCGGAGCGGGAGUACACACCAGCAGGGAAAGCUCUAAAAGUGAAGUUUGCUAGGCUUCGUGCUCGACAAAAAGAACGACUGGCUCGAAGAAAUGUUAAAGAAAUCUUUGCACCCUUUGAUGGAAUGUCUGGAACUGAGUCACUCCCUGAACUCCCUCCAUUCAGUUCUAAAGAUGGUGAUCAACAGCCUAAACUAGUUCAACAUGUUGAAGAGAAGGCUUCAAUAAUUAACUUGGAUGAAAACUUAUGUGGUCAGACAUUGGAGGGACAGAAGCGGAAUAGUGAAUCGCCCUUGAGGUUGGGAAAAAUAUCCAAGCAUAAAUUUAGUGGUCAUUCCCCUGACGUCAUCCUGCCAAGUGACCAGGUAGCAGGUACCAGCUGUACCAACCCAGUGUCCAGCUGCAACUUGUUACCGGUUCUCGGACUCUGUGCUCCCAAUGCUACUCAAAUGGAGUCAUUCCAAAGGAAUAUUUCACGAUCGUACAGCAGACAAAGCAGGCGAGCAAUCAGACCAGAGUUUCCGUUCCAUAUAGCUCCUUUCCCUGGGGCUCCAAAUGGGAUGGAACCCAAAGAGCACGAGCCUACCAUGUCAAAAUUUGAAGUACCGGAUGCAUCAGCAGAAGCUUUCCCACCGUGGCUUAAGAAUAGUCACUCUGAUAGUCAUAUACCGUUGAGCUUGCAUCCUCCGGCUAUCCUCCAAGGAAGAGUCUCAGAUCAUUUUGAAAAAUCAAGAUAUACUUUCUCUGGAUUUCAAGAGAAACUGCCCCUGCCAAGAUUACCCUUUGAUGAGAAGUUGCUGCCUAGAUUUCCAUUUUCAGCUAGAAAUGGGCCUCAUUCCCAUCCUGACUUGAUACCCAGCUUAUCUCUGGGAACAAGAGCUGGCGGUUCAAAUGACUCAAUACCGGACAUUUCCACAAUGCCCUUGUUGCCAAAUUUUCACUUCCCCCAGGAUGUACAUAAACAUAGUCAGCCAGAGAGGGAGGUGGCUCCCAUGUUAGGUUUGGGCCAGACGCCACCACCAUAUUCACCAUUUCCUGAAAACCAUCGGAAGGUUCUUGAGAGCAUAAUGAUGAGGACUGGGUCCGGAUCGACCAGCUUUCUUAAAAACAAAACCAAAGUCGAUAUCUGGUCUGAAGAAGAACUCGAUUUCCUUUGGAUUGGUGUUAGGAGGCACGGGCGGGGAAAUUGGGAUGCUAUGCUUCGGGAUCCACGGUUAAAAUUCUCAAAAUUCAAAACUGUGAUAGAUUUGUCAUCAAGAUGGGAAGAGGAACAACUCAAGAUCAUGGAUGGGCCGGUUUUCCCUGUCCAAAAGCCAAACAAGUCUACAAAAGCUACCAAACCAUCUCUAUUCCCAUCGAUUUCUGACGAAAUGAUGACACGGGCAUUGCAUGGAAGUAAAUUUGGUGGGCCCCUGAAAUUUCAACCCCACAUGACAGACAUGAAGCUGGGUAUCGGUGACAUGCCUUCCUGCUUAACAAAUUUAGAACAAGCCAUUCGACUUGGUUUGAGGAAUGAACAAAACUUGGUGCCUAUUCCCACUUGGGAUGCUGACAAGUUUCGGAGUUUCCAAGGAGAUUCAUCCGCGGGACCCUCUUAUAGGCCUGGGACUUCAUCAUCUACUGUAAUGAUCGAGCACCCAUUUCUGCAGAAUUCAUUUGGAACCGGUAACUUUGAUGUCCAGCAAAAGGAGGAUGUGCAGGGGGCAAGUAAAUCAGGGAAGUUGCCAAGUCUUCUUGAUAGAUCUCUGAAUCUUUUGCGUGAUUCGUUUAGUAAUAUGGGGAGUGAUGAAUUUACCGGCUUUGGGUUGCGGUCUGAGAAUUUUAAUAAUGACCCAAAUGUGUCCGAUUUGAAAGGAAAAGCUGCCUCGGAGGUAGGUGGUAGUAGUUUUUCGAAGAACAAGUUGCCUCAUUGGCUUAGGGAAGCUGUAGUUGCUCCUUCGCCUCAAGAGCCUGACUUACCCCCAACGGUUUCAGCAGUAGCACAGUCUGUUCGGUUGCUAUAUGGUGAAGAGAACCCCACUAUUCCCCCAUUUUUAGUCCCAGGCCCACCUCCUUCUCAACCAAAGGAUCCGCGAAGGAUUCUGAAGAAGAAGAAGAAGAAGCAGAAGUCACAUUUGCUCAAACAAUUUCCAUCGGAUAUCGUAGAAUCCAGCAAUAGGAGUGACGUUUCAGCCUCUAUCAUGUUGGCUCCAACAUUUUUUCCAGCUCCACAAUCGGCAGCAGGACCCUCAGGACUGUCUUUGAUUGAACCCUCUUUCAAUUUGCCUCUUAAUUUGGAUAUGAUGAAUCCAUCAUCUUCAUCUGUGUUGCCAAACCCCCAGAAUAAAAAAAGCUCAAGAUUGUCCCCGUCUCCUGAAGUUCUUGAACUGGUGACAUCCGGUGUGGCCCCCGGUCCUGUUUCGCGGGGUUCUCUUUCUAAAUCUCCUGACCGAGAAGAAUGCCCGGAUUCGACAGAUGCAUAUGGGAAAGAAAAGGCAAAGCGGAGCUCACCUCUUGGUCCAUGGGGUCCGCCACCUAACGAGAAGAAAACCGAACGGAGUGAAAGCGGGGAUUCUAGCAAGACUCAGUCGGAUCCGUCUCGGCCGGAUGUAGAGGGAGUAUCAUCAGAGGGGACUGUUUCAGAUCAUCGCAUGAGUGACAAUGAACCGUAGCUUAAUAGGGAAUUUUGACGAGUGUAAGAUUGCUCUUUUCCCAUGCUCCUUAUUUUUCAAGACCUUUACCAAUUGCUUGAAACUUUGUAGGCACGGUGGGAAGUGUGAAACAAGCAAAUGUAUAAAUAUUUAGGACAUCUCCUGUGUUAAAACCCCUCUGUAGUAGACAGUGGAGUAUAAGUAAUUUCCAGUUUGUUAUCUCGCCUGGAAUUCGUUUUUGCCUCGUAGGUGAUAUUGUAAUUAGUCAAAGACAUCUCCAGGUUUUGGCUUUAAAUUUUAUUUUAGAGAAAUAGCUACCUUUCUCCGGGCAAUGUGUUAGCAGGCAAGUUGAUAUGCAAAGGAAAAAAAGCUGUGUUUGAAUUGCUUA